AUGCCUCAGAAGCGGCCUACUUUGGAGCUGGGCUCUGUUCUGGUGGUCGGAGGAUGCGGGUUUCUGGGGUGGCACAUUGUCGAUCAAUUGCUCAAUUUCCCUUCGGAGACCGAUGCCAGCGUUGCCCUCCCGAAACCAGAAGGAGACUCUCGAUUCGAUAAUCCUCGGUUGGCCGAUCGGUACCCUAGGUGCGUAGCGAAGGUCUCCGUUCUCGACCUGCGAACAGCCAACAAUCGCCUGCCCGGUGCACAGUACUACGACGGCGACAUCACGUCCGAAGAAUCCCUGCUGGCUAUCUUCCGCGAGGUCAAGCCGGACGUCGUCAUUCAUACGGCGACGGCGAACGUGUUGGAAGGAAAUAAGGAGCUGCUGCGCAAGGUCAAUGUCGAUGGAACCAAGACGUUACUGGAGGUCGCCGGCGGUGAUCGUGGUGACUGGGGUGGGAAGUGCAAGGCCUUUGUGUAUACGAGCUCGGCCUCCGUCCUGCACGACACACAGAGUGAUCUGAAAAAUGUGAACGAGGAUUGGCCGCUAAUUCGGGGCAAGUUGCAGCUGGAGUACUACUCCGAUACCAAGGCCGAAGCCGAAGAGAUAGUCUUGAAGUACAACCGUGCUUCUCCCUCAUCGAUGGUGACAUGUGCUCUGCGCCCCGCAGGCAUAUACGGCGAGAAGGACACCACAUUUACUUUCAAGGUUCUUGAGCACGCGGCCAAGGCAUCCCCGACCGUUUUGCGCAUGCAGCUCGGUGAUAAUAACAACUUGUUUGACUUCACAUACGUUGGCAAUGUCGCCUACUCUCAUCUGCUUGCCGCAUACCGUCUUCUUGCCACUCAGACGCGCUACGAGUCCGGGCAAGGCGGCCCCCUGGACCACGAGAAAGUAGACGGUGAAGCCUUCAACAUUACAAAUGACUCUCCCGUGUACUUCUGGGACAUUACUCGCGCUGCAUGGGCGCUGGCUGGGAAGGUUGUGGAGCCUAAUCAGGUGUGGCAGCUUUCUGAGGAUCUUCUGGGACCCGUUGGCGCCGUCUUAGAGACGGUAUUUGGUCUUAUUGGCAAGACUCCCCGUUUGACAAGGCGUAUUGUCCGGUACUCAUGCAUGACUCGCUACUACUCCUGCGAGAAGGCCAAGUACCGACUCGGGUACAGUCCAAUCGUCUCGGUCCCUGAGGGACUCUCCCGUGCAGUCGGAUAUGUGCUGGCACGCGAACAACUCGAGUCCGAAAAGAAGGGGCUGUGA